AUGGCUAAAGCUGCAGAAUUUACAACUGGUCACUAUGAUCGAGUGACCGUCUUACACACAAAUUUCAAUGCCAGCAGGAUUCUGACAGGGUCGAUCGACCAUCGGAUCAAAGUCUGGGAUCGAGACCCAAAGACCGGGGAGAGAACAUUACUCGACACUUUCACGGCCCAUGAUUCUGAUAUUCGCGAUGCCAAAUUCCUCCACCCGACACUUGGAUCAUACAUCGCCAGCAUCGGAAACGACCUGAAAUGCCACAUCUGGAUGGAGGAGCCCAGUCAAGCACCGAAUAAUGGACACCGUUUCCGCCGUAUCGCGACAAUCCUCAGCACGCCACGAGUUCCAUUCGUGUCGCUGGACCUCAAGACAGUCGACAACGUGUAUACAUAUCUGGCCCUGAUCGACCGACAGGGCCUGCUGAGCAUCUACGAGCCUAGUAACCCGGACGACCUGAAGGACUGGACACUCAUGGACCAGUUCAACGUCUGCGGUGCACAUCCACCGAGCAGGGGUGAUGAAACGAGUUUCCAAGUCCGGUUUGAUCAGAACCCAACGCCGCUGGCAUAUAUCAACUCGGUCAGUGACGAUCGGAGUCAGUUGAACCUCGUGGUGAGCGCAUUGAACGAGGUCAAGGUAUAUCGCUCGACCGUACCUUCACAAUUUGGUGGUGGUAGUGGCGGCGAAGCCUUCUCAAGCGACGGGGGUUCAAGCCACAGAUUAGUGUUCUACGAGGCGGUGAGGCUGCCACGACACCCAGCUCUGGUGCGGGACGUGGCAUGGGCGCCGUUCAGCGUCCGCGGGACCGACCGAAUCGCAACGGCUUGCAAAGACGGAUCGGUCAGGAUCUUCGAGCUCGCUGUAUCCGAAGGGCAGGGCUCCUCGACGAUAGGAACGACAACCAGUGGUUCAGCGGCGGCGACGGGAGCCAGCAACACGGGGGUGUCACCAUCCAAUGCAUCGACGUUCUCCAACGCACCCGCCUCGAUGCGCAGCUACUCAUACGCAUCGCAGCAGCGCCAACAGCCACAGUCAUCACUCACAUCCGCCAUCACGGGCCGCAGCGGUGCCCAACAGCCCUCACAAUCCCAGUCGACAUACUCGCCCGCAACAUCCACCACCAACACCAACACCACGACGAACACCACCUCCAGCAACGCACACUCGACGACCUCUUCAUCCGCCAACAACCCACACGCGCCGGGCACGUCCCACCCGCCCUCUCAAGCACCCUACCCGACCGCCUCGUCCACGUCCCGCACAUCCUACCCCUUCGCCUUCACCACCACGCUCGCCAGCACCAGCACCCUGCCCCACGCACACCCGGACGCGUGGUCGCUGAGCUUCGACUCGCAAGGCCAGGUCCUCCUGACGAAUGGCGCGGAUGGCGUCACCAAGAUCUGGCGCAAGAGUGUCCUCGGGGGCCAGUGGUUGGUAUUUGCCGGCCAGGAGGUCUUGGAUGGUGAUGAUACUGAUAGUAGUGAUGAUGAGGACGAUGCGGAGGGAUAG